AUGACUCACGCACAAACUCUCGAGCUCAAAGAGCUGCGAGCCUCUAUGGCUCGGACAGUGGCUGAAAUACGUGCCAUGAAAUCUCAAGUGCACAAUGCGACAAGUGUCGCGCCCGAAAUCGACCGAAUGCUUGAAGAAACUCAGAGAACCCCGUUCACUGCAAGAAUCACGGAGGCCAGGAUUCUCGAGCCGGGGAAUGUGAGAAUCCUGUUCUACGAAGGAACAACCGACCCGAAAGCACACAUCACCGCGUUUCGAAUAGCGAUGGGACGAGCCUUCACAAAGAACGCCGCUAAACUCACCGAACGCGAAGUAGAUGCCGGAUACUGCCUGCUCUUCGUGGAGCAUCUCAAGGGAGCCGCACUCGAAUGGUUUUCGAGGCAGGAGCGCAAUUCUAUUGGCAGUUUUCAACAGCUCUCCGCUUUGUUCCUUAAACAAUACUCGAUGUUUAUGGACAGAGGAACAUCUGAUGCCGACCUGUGGACACUAUCCCAAGGACCGAACGAACCGCUUCGGGAUUAUAUGGCACGAUUCCUGGCAGUCUUCCGCCGGGAGAUGGCUCUCAAUACGCCGCAAACAAUUCAAGACGCGUUGCACCGAUCAUCAGACUUCGUCGUAAACGAGGAGGAAAUGAAAAACUUGGACGAGCAGUACGAAGCCACGAAAGCAGCGAUCCGAAGCUCAAUUUUGCCGCGCCCCGCGAAGAAGGUCAAUCCAUCGAGCAAUGCAACAAGGCAGAGUUCGGAUGAACCUAGGAGCGGAGGUGCCCAUAACUAUCAGGUCAGCUCCGGACGCGGAAGAGGAGAGCCGCGCAACAACACUUGGGUGAGAAAGUGUGCCAACUACGACGAGAAGGCUUUCUGCGAGUAUCACCAGACCUAUGGACACUCAACGGCUCAAUGCCGAACUCUAGGAGCAAAGCUCGCAGCAAAAAUGGCAGCAGGAGAGCUCCAAAACGCGGUCAGCCUCAAAGACCUCGUUCCUAACGAACAACAAGAAAAAGCCGAGCCGAGCGGCGCGGCGGAACCAGCGAAUCCUCCCCGACGAGGCGAUAAUCCCAAGCGUGACAGGAGAGCCUAUCAGCGUCGAGCCGAAGCAAAGGAGAAUUGGACAGAGCCAACCGACAUCCCAAACACAGUGAUCUCUUUCGCCGAGGAGGAAACGGCAGGAAUCGAUCGACCUCACAACGAUCCGUUGGUGAUUGAGCUAACGAUCAGGGAUCAUGAUGUAGCAAGGGUGCUCAUCGAUAUUGGAAGCUCGGUGAAUGUCAUCUUCAGAGAAACACUCAGAAGAAUGGGAAUCGACCUCUCCGAGGUGGAAGCAAUCCCCAAACCUCUAACCGGAUUUUCAAGAGAAACGACAAUGACUAUGGGAACGCUCAGACUUCCCGUGGUAGCUGGCGGAGUCACUAAGAUCGUCGAAUUCUGCGUCACGGAUCACCCAGCAAUCUACAAUGUGAUCAUGGGAACUCCCUGGAUCAACGGGAUGCGGGCAGUACCCUCCACUUACCAUCUCUGCCUCAAAUUCCCAACUCCAUCGGGCGUCAAAACGAUCUGGGGGAAUCAGAAGGAGUCACGAAUGUGCUGCCUAGCCGAGCACAAACUGAGGAACCCCGUCACCGACGCACGAGCUGACAUAGACCGCAAAAAGAUGAAGACAGACAGAGAGUCCGUGAACGAGCUCUCCAAACUCUUAUAG